GUUCAUUGUUUGGACUUCUCUUUGAUCAGGGUAUGGACGCUGAGGAUGAAAUUCCUGCUUCAACGGAAGAACCUUCGACUCUAGUUGGUGAUAAUUCGACUAUGGUUAAUGCUAUAGGAGCGAUAAAUCUUCAACCAGUUCCACCUGUCACUCCACCGGUUGCUCCAACAGUUAUCCUUCCUCCAGUUGUGCCUGCAAUUGCUCCACGGCCUGCAGUCCCUACCCCUAUUCCUCCCCCAUUAGCUCCGUUGCCUGGUCGUCCACCUAUCCUUAGGCCUCCAGUAGCUCAGAAUGGAGAAGUGCGAGCGAGCGAUUCAGAUUCUGAUGAAGAAAUGGGAUCUGAUCGUGGUACUGGGGGCUCAGCUCAAGAAUAUGAGAUAUCCGAGGAGAGCAGACUUGUCAGAGAGAGGCAGGAGAAAGCCGUGCAGGAGCUUCUGAUGAAGCGACGUGCAGCUGCGCUAGCUGUUCCUACAAAUGAUAUGGCUGUUCGGGCUCGCCUUCGAAGGCUUGGUGAGCCUAUAACUCUCUUUGGAGAAAGGGAGAUGGAAAGAAGGGACCGUCUGCGGAUGCUUAUGGCAAGGCUUGAUGCAGAAGGGCAGCUGGAAAAGCUGAUGAAAGCGCACGAGGAUGAAGAAGCUGCAGCUUCUGCUGCACCAGCAGAGGAGGAGGAUAUUCAGUACCCCUUCUACACUGAAGGAUCAAAAACACUUUUAGAUGCAAGGGUAGAAAUUGCAAAAUAUUCUUUAGUUAAGUCAGCCUUACGUCUCCACCGCGCAAGGAGGAAAAGGGACGAUCCAGAUGAAGAUGUGGAUGCAGAGGUUGAUUGGGCUUUGAAGCAAGCAGGGAGCCUCGCCCUUGAUUGCAGUGAAAUUGGAGACGAUCGACCCCUUUGGGGAUGCUCGCUUUCACAUGAUGGAAAGAUGCUUGCUACCUGUUCUCUGAGUGGAAUUGCAAAGUUAUGGAGUAUGCCUCAAGUGCAAAAGCUUUCCACCCUAAAGGGUCACACCGAACGAGCUACUGAUGUUGUGUUCUCUCCGACAAGCAAUUAUUUAGCUACUGCAUCUGCUGAUAGGACUGCAAAGUUAUGGAACUCAGAAGGGUCUCUUCUCAGGACGNACACUGAACGAGCUACUGAUGUUGUGUUCUCUCCAACAAGCAAUUAUUUAGCUACUGCAUCUGCUGAUAAGACUGCAAAGUUAUGGAACUCGGAAGGGUCUCUUCUCAGGACAUUUGAGGGACAUUUGGACCGUGUAGCUCGGAUUGCCUUCCAUCCUUGUGGGAAGUACUUGGGCACAGCUAGCUUUGACAAAACUUGGAGAUUAUGGGAUGUAGAAAGUGGUGAAGAGUUGCUUUUGCAAGAAGGUCACAGUAGGAGUGUGUAUGGAUUGUCGUUUCACCAUGAUGGUUCAUUGGUGGCAUCAUGUGGGCUGGAUGCACUUGUUCGAGUGUGGGAUUUAAGGACUGGACGAAGUAUUCUUGCUCUGGAAGGUCAUGUUAAACCGGUUCUCGGUGUCAGCUUUUCUCCCAAUGGUUAUCAUUUGGCAAGUGGUGGUGAAGAUAAUACCUGCCGUAUUUGGGACUUAAGGCAGAGAAAAUCUUUGUACAUCAUACCUGCUCACUCCAAUCUUAUUUCUCAAGUUAAAUUUGAACCUCAGGAGGGAUACUUUUUGGUUACAGCGUCCUACGAUACGACGGCUAAGGUAUGGUCAUCAAGGGAUUUCAAACCGGUGAAGACACUAUCUGGUCAUGAAGCAAAAGUCACGUCAUUGGAUGUAGCGGGAGAUGGGCAACAUAUUGUCACUGUAUCUCAUGAUCGAACAAUCAAGCUAUGGUCAGGCAAAAACAUUGAGAAGGAAGAGAAAAUGGAUACCGACUAGAUUUUCACCUUGCUAAGUAUGAGAGAGUAUCAUUUCGGAUCAUCAGGAAGAAAUUUGAAUGUUAGCUUUAAGUUUAUAGAAUCUCUGUAGAAAAUUGAAGUGUAAGGCCUUUUGAUCAUCCUGUAAUUUGAGAAGUUCUCGACUUCUCGUCAACUAAUGAAGUAAUGGCAUCCUGUUCUAUUCAAGCUUGUACUCCAAGUACUUAUACACAAGUUUUACUGUUUCCUAGCAAAAACAAAUAUCUUGAGUUUGUUGCUUUCCGUUUA